UGGACAAUCAUGGUUUUGUUCUUCUGGGGACUAAGUUUUUUAGUAUUACUCUCUGAUUUUAUGAAUGCAGUAGCUUCAGCAGGGACACCGCGAGGUUCAGAGAAAGCGAAAUUAUCGCAUUUUGGCGCGUAUGAGAUUGUAACUCCGGCCAGAGUGAAUGAAUCCGGUGACAAACUGCCAACAGGCGUGCACUUCAAGAGGAGAAAGCGGAGUACCGACCCAGUAACCGGCAACAUCUCCCAUCAUUGGACCUCUCCGCACGUCUAUUACCAACUAUCUGCCUUUGGGCAGGACUAUUACCUUAAUCUUACACUCGAGUCGGGAUUUAUUGCGCCAGUUUACACUGUCACGAUACUCGGAGCAUCCAGUGAAGGUUAUAAUUCAGAAGAGGGGCAGGAGGAGGACACGGAGUAUCAGCACUGCUUUUAUAAAGGACAUGUGAACGCUGGGCAGGAGCAUACCGCAGUAAUCAACCUCUGCUCCGGUUUGCUUGGCACUUUCAGGUCACCAGAAGGAGAGUUUUUUGUGGAACCCCUUCAUAGCUACAAUGGUAAACAUUAUGAAGAAGAACACAUCAAACCUCAUGUCGUGUACAGAAAAGAUGCCUCAAAAAAGACAGUAGAUGACUCAACUACAUGUGAAACUUCAGGACAUAAAGAGCCACACCGCAGACACAGGAACAGACUGAAGAGAAAGUUGCCCUCAAGCAUGUUGUCCGACCUGGAGACUCUUAAUUCCAGACUCUUCUCUGCCCCCUUCCCCUCCUCAGAAAACAAGCACAACUCCGCUAAUGAAAGCAGUGACUCCAAGCCGCACCGGAGAUCAAAGCGUUUCCUCUCCUACCCCCGUUUUGUUGAAGUCAUGGUUGUGGCAGACAGCAAGAUGGUGGAACAUCAUGGAAGCAACCUCCAGCACUACAUUCUUACACUGAUGUCCAUCGUUUCCUCCAUCUAUAAGGAUCCCAGCAUUGGAAACCUGAUUAACAUUGUUAUUGUGAAGUUGGUCAUCAUAAAGAAUGAGCUGGAUGGUCCAACUAUCUCUUUCAAUGCACAAGCUAGUUUGAAAAACUUCUGCAUAUGGCAGCAGAGUCAGAACCACCCAGAUGACAAUCAUCACUCGCAUCACGACACCGCCAUCCUAAUCACAAGGCAGGACAUCUGUCGUGCUCGGGACAAGUGUGACACUUUAGGUCUUGCUGAGCUGGGUACAGUUUGUGAUCCCUACAGAAGUUGCAGUAUUAAUGAGGAUAAUGGACUCAGUACUGCUUUCACCAUCGCUCAUGAGCUUGGCCAUGUGUUCAACAUGCCUCACGAUGACAGUAACAAAUGCAAGGAGGAUGGAGUCAAGAACCAGCAACAUGUGAUGGCCCCUACGCUCAACUAUUACACCAAUCCUUGGAUGUGGUCUAAAUGUAGUCGGAAAUACAUCACAGAGUUCCUCGACACAGGGUAUGGUGAGUGUUUGCUCAAUGAGCCAGUUUCUAGGCCAUACAGUUUGUCCCAGCAGCUGCCUGGACAGAUAUACAGCGUCAAUAAACAAUGUGAGCUGAUAUUUGGGCCUGGGACACAGGUGUGCCCAUAUAUGACACAGUGCCGAAGGUUGUGGUGCACCAGUCCAGAAGGAGUCCAGCGUGGCUGCCGGACCCAACACAUGCCAUGGGCAGAUGGGACAGAAUGUUCUCCUGGAAAGCAUAGCAAGGAACAGUGUGCCAGCUUUGAUGGGCGGCACUUCAACAUCAAUGGUCUACCUCCAAAUGUCCGCUGGGUGCCAAAGUAUAGCGGAAUUCUGAUGAAGGUUCCCUGUAAGCUAUUCUGUCGUGUGGCGGGCAGUACAGCUUACUACCAACUCAGGGACAGAGUUAUUGAUGGCACGCAGUGUGGGCCUGAUACCAAUGACAUCUGUGUGCAGGGCCUGUGCAGGCAAGCAGGAUGUGACCACGUGUUAAACUCCAAGGCCAGGAGAGAUAAGUGUGGAGUAUGUGGUGGGGAUAACUCAUCUUGCAAGACUGUGGCAGGAACGUUCAACAUAGUGCAUUAUGGUUACAAUGUUGUGGUGCGAAUUCCCAGUGGUGCUACAAACAUAGAUGUGAGACAACACAGCUACUCAGGGAAACCAGAGGACGAUAACUACCUCGCCUUGUCCAACAGCCGUGGAGAAUAUUUACUCAAUGGUGAUUUUGUGGUCAGUAUGUUUAAAAGGGAAGUCAGAGUAGGGAAUGCUGUUAUUGAAUACAGCGGCUCUGACCAUGUUGUUGAGAGAAUCAACUGCACUGACCGCAUUGAAGAGGAGAUUAUUAUCCAGGUGCUAUCCGUAGGUAACCUCUAUAACCCUGACGUCAGGUAUUCCUACAACAUUCCCAUAGAGGACAAACCUCAGCAGUUUCUCUGGGAUGCGUACGGCCCGUGGCAGGAUUGCAGUCUGUUGUGCCAAGGAGAGCGCAAGAGGAAGAUCUUGUGCAGUCGUGAGUCGGAUCGAGUAGUGGUGUCUGAUCAGCGGUGCCAUGGCUCUCCCAAACCAGCUGUGAUCUCUGAGCCAUGCAACACAGACUGUGAACUCAGGUGGCAGGUUGUUCGCAAAAGCGAAUGUACAGCCACUUGUGGUCUGGGCUUCAGGACUUUGUACAUUUACUGCAUCAAACAGAGCAGGUUGGAUGGGAAAACCCAGAAGGUUGACGACCGAUUUUGCAGCAACCAGCACAAGCCUGAAGACAAGGAGGUGUGCCAUGGAGACUGCAACCCUGGUGGAUGGGAGUACUCUUCCUGGUCUGAGUGCUCCAGGAGCUGUGGAGGAGGAACACGUCGUAGGAGUGUAGUAUGUGGAAUGUCAGCAGAAACUGAUGACGAAACCAAGUGCAACCCACAAGAAAAGCUCACAGUCCAACCUUGUAAUGAGUUCCUGUGUCCUCAGUGGAAAACUGGAGACUGGUCUGAGUGUUUAGUGACAUGUGGCAAGGGCUAUAAGCACCGCCAGACUUGGUGUCAGUUUGGAGAGGAGCGUUUGGAUGACCGCUUCUGUGAUUCCUCCAAACCAGAGUCAGUACAGGCCUGCCAACAGCAAGAAUGUGCCUCCUGGCAGGUGGGACCUUGGGGACAGUGUACCACCACAUGUGGCCCGGGCUAUCAGAUGAGAGCUGUGAAGUGUGUGGUUGGCUCAUACGGCUCUGUCAUGGAUGACUCUCAAUGUAAUGCAGCAACACGUCCAACAGACACUCAGGACUGUGAACUCUCGCAGUGUCCUGUUACUCAUCCUGUUGCCCCAGAGACCAAAGUGAUGUCACAUCCUGGUCAUAAAACACAGUGGCGCUUUGGAUCUUGGACACAGUGCAGUGCCACCUGUGGAAAGGGCACCCGGAUGCGCUAUGUAAGCUGCCGUGACCAGCAGGGUGGAGUAGCAGAGGAAUCAGCCUGCUCCCAUCUUCCAAAACCUCCUGCUAGUGAGGUUUGCUCCAUAGUGGCGUGCGGACAGUGGAAGGUCCUGGAAUGGACUCCGUGCUCCGUAUCCUGUGGUCAGGGUAAGACUACACGGCAAGUAGUGUGCAUGAACAUCAGUGAUCAAGUUGUGGAAAUGAGUGAGUGUGACCCAGAUGAUCAACCAUCAACAGAGCAGGAGUGUGCCAUGCCCCAGUGUCCGUCUCGCUCCAGCGAUCACGGGGGCUUUUCACCUAACACUGAUUCUCGGAAAAAAACAGUUCCCGCCGGACGAACUGACCGUAACAGAGCUGGCAGACCCCAGUCACAUCAAUGGAGGACUGGACCAUGGGGGGCGUGUUCAAGUACCUGUGCCGGAGGAUUCCAGAGGCGUGUGGUGGUGUGUCAGGAUGAGAACGGCUACCCUGCCAACAGCUGUGAUGAAAGCACUCAACCCAUAGAGCAACGCUCCUGUGAGUCCGGCCCCUGCCCUCAGUGGUUCUAUGGCAGCUGGGGUGAGUGUUCAAAAUCCUGCGGAGGAGGGAUAAAGACCCGGUUGGUCGCUUGUCAGCGGCCCAACGGGGAGCACUUUAACGAUCUGAACUGUGAAAUUCUUGACAAACCACCCGACCGAGAACAGUGCAAUACUCAGUCCUGCUCUAUUAACCCUCACUGGAGCACAGACCAAUGGAGCUCGGUACGCUCGUUGCUCCUGUGGGAGAGGAUACAAGUACCGCAGUGUGACUUGUGUCAGUCACUCGGGCCAGCCAAUCCCAGAAGAGAACUGCCUACACCUGCCCCUCCCACAAAAGCAAAGGCGUUGCAGAGGUGGGAGGUGCCCCAAGUGGAAGAUGGGAAGCUGGGGAGAGACUGCCUCGGCACCCCUCCUGAGGACAUCUUGCCCUGCUUUCGGCUGCCUUGUUCUGCCCCACACGCUUGGAGAGUGGGUAUAUGGGGACCUUGCUCUGCAACAUGUGGAAGUGGUUGGACAGAGAGACAAGUCCAGUGUAUAUCAGCAGAGGGUGAGGUUUCUGAAAAAUGUCCCUCCUCCUCCAAACCUGAGGAACGGAAAUCCUGCAUCAGUCCUUCUUGCCACUUCCCCACUAACUGUAGAGAUGUACAGCUCCAGAAAGAUGUCGUCUCUGAUGGUGAACAGACGUUGAAAAUUGAUGGAAAAAUGUUAAAAAUCUACUGUUCGGAGAUGAACACUGACAGUCCUAAGGAGUAUAUCACGCUGAUCACCGGAGAAGAAGAGAACUUCUCUGAGGUCUUCGGAUACAGGCUGAUGGACCCCACACAGUGCCCAUUCAACCUAAGCAGGAGAGAAGAUUGCCAGUGUAGAAGAGACUACACAGCUGCUGGUCUUUCUACCUUCACAAGAGUUAGAAUGGACCUCAGCACAAUGACCAUUAUAACCACAGACUGGAAAUUUGCCUUUAUCCAUGAAGGGCAUAGGGUUCCUUUUGCCAUGGCAGGAGAUUGCUAUAGUGCUGCUCGCUGCCCACAGGGCCGGUUCAGGAUCAACCUCUCAGGAACAGGAUUUAAGGUGACAGAAAGCACUAGGUGGAUUUCCCAAGGGAACUACGCCACAGCUGACAUUCACAGGUCUCAGGAUGGCAGUAGAGUUUCUGGGAUAUGUGGUGGUUAUUGUGGAAAAUGCACUCCCUCUUCCAGCCCUGGACUUCCUGUUGAAGUUUCAUGAGGGCAGGUGUACAAACCAGCAGGAAAGUGUAUGACCUGUUUCUAAAUACUUAUUUCUACUGUCAGACUUAAUUUAUUUUAAAGGGAAAUCUAAAUUCUAUGUGUAUGA